AGAUUUAUUGACAAAUUUGCACAAUGAGUGAAGGAAGAACUGCUAUUCAAAGAUGUGAAGAACUUAUUUCUCGAUGGAAAUCUGAACGAAAUUCACCAACAUUUGACCCAGUUCCUUUGUUAAAUAACUUUUCAGAAUUACUAGAAGAACAAAUCAACUUAUUUUUUAGUACUGAUCCAGAUCCUUUCGAUGAUCGUCAUCCACUGCGGACGGAUUCUAGUUGUGAUUUAGGUCAGAUAUUACGUCUUCUGUCAUCUCACGAUGCCUUUCUGGAACGUUUAACUUAUGUUUAUUUGUUGGGUUCUAAUGAUCCAUCAAACGAAUUGGUAAUUGCUGCAUCACGACUGCUCUGUGCAAUGAGAUUGGGUGUGACUUUGUCAUUUUCACUGGAUGAGGAGGAUGUAAUAAUUAAUACACUCUACAAUUUGGCAUUAAGUGAAACUGAGCCAACUAAUUGUUAUGCUUUGUUUCUUCUGGGUUCUGUUCUUGAUAAUACAGAAUUACUCUAUAUUACGCGACAAAAAAAUAUACAAUUGAUUCCAAUUGUGUUAAAUCGCCUACUCAGUUACACAGGUCAAUUAAAAAAUGAAUUAUCUUCAACUAGCCAAUCAACUUACGAAGGUGGUAUGACAAAUUUAUUAGGAAGUUUUGUUUUGAAUCCACUCAGGACGGAAAUGAAGAUUCGGCUUUCAAUUGCCUAUUUGAUCCCAUUGGCUGAAUAUCAGGAUGUAUGUUUCCUUUUCUGAGUUUAUAUAUUCUUCUAAAGUUUGCGUCUUGUUAAUUAGUGUGGCG